GUGCGCGCGUGUGCAUGUGUGAGAGAGAGUAUUUGGGAGGGAACAGGCUUGGAAACACUAAAGAUCUGAGUCGGAGGAGGAAACCCAACCUAACUGUUGCAGCAGCUGGAGACGUGACGAGGUACAACUUAUGUUUCUCAGAUUGCAGGCAGUUAUUCUUCUUUGUCACAAGAAUUCAAACGGGGAAGCUGCACAUCCGUCCAGUGAGUGACGAAGAGACAGAUGCAGGAAAACCAGAGGGAAGCAUAUUCCAAACUAUGAUUUUCUUCAUGUUUCUGCUGCUCCUCGCUCCAGACGUGCUGCUCUCCUCAUCACAUGUUGCCAUGAUCUCCCCUCAGGAUCCCGUCCUGAGAACUGGCUCUGGUUUGACGGCCUCCUGCACGCUCAGCCCGGACCUGGGUCUCCACGCCAGCUCCUUGUAUUGGACUCUGAACGGAGUCCGCCUGUCCAGCAGCGCCUACAGCGUCGUGUCCUCCGAUGUCCUGAGCAUCGAGCUCCGCAGCCUGAACGGCUCCCGGCAGAAGUCCGGGGACAACCUGAUGUGUCACGCAGCAGACGGGCGGAUCCUCGCUGGUUCUUGUCUCCAUGUGGGAAUGCCUCCAGAGAAGCCAGUAAAUUUAACCUGCUGGUCCCACAACGCAAAGGAUUUGAGCUGCAGGUGGAGCGUCGGUGGGCAAGGAGAGACCCACAUCCCAACCAAAUACACCCUGAAGUACAAACUGAGGUGGCAUGGGAGAGAAAACGAGUGUGAAAAUUACAGCUCGGAGAAGAAGGGUUACGCUUGUCGCAUCUCAGCAAAAAUCGCCCUCUUCACGCCGUACGAGAUCUGGGUGGAGGCCACCAAUCAGCUGGGCUCAGCUGCCUCCGACAUCAGCUCGCUCGACGUCCUGGAUGUGGUGACAACAGACCCUCCUGCUGACGUGCGGCUGAGUCGCAUCGGCCGCCUCGACGACCAGCUGAUGGUCCGCUGGGCCAGUCCGCCCGAGCUCAAGGACUUCCUGUUUCAGGCCGAAUAUCAGAUCCGCUACAGAACGGAGGACGGCGGUGACUGGAAGGCGGUGGAUAACAUCGGGAACUUGACGUCAUGCCGGCUGGCGGGCCUCAGGCCUGGGACCGUCUACUUUGUCCAGGUCAGGUGCAGCCCGGUGGGGAUCUUUGGCUCCAGGAAACCUGGAAUCUGGAGCGACUGGAGCCACCCGGCUGCAGCCUCCACACCCGCCGGAGAGCUGAGACCAGCAGGCUCCUGUCAUCCUAAAGCCGGGCAGCAGAACUCCGCCCUGCGGCGGGAACUCAAGCAGUUCUUCGGCUGGGUCCGGAAGCACGCCUCGGGCUGCGGCAGCAUGUCCAUCAAACUGUACGAUCAGUGGAGGGUGUGGCUGCAGAAAACCCACAAAACACGCAACCAGGAUGAACCGCCUACUCUUUUCUUUGCAGGUUCCACGAAGCAGUAAUUCAUAGCCCGGGUCCUCAGUGCCUCUCUGGAGUCUGACUGGUCGUCGUGGUUCCAGUCAGGGGAGAAUCCUCCAGGAUUUGAAGAGUUGAGCCUGACUUUUAAGAAGAUCUGUAGGACAGCGGAGAAUAGGCGAACUAAGCAGCUACUUUAUUCCCCAAGAGCACAGAUUGUCAAAGGUGUUUACAUUUUAAGGUGAUGCUUGAGCUGGGAAUCAGGAAAGUUGGACUGCAAGUUUGUUUGUUUUUUUCCUAGGCCAAAUGUUUAGUUGUUGAAUGGAUUCAUGUUUUACUAAGUAGCUGUUUGUUUGCUCUGUCUGGCUACAUCAUGCCGCACGGAAGAAGAUACACUAUUAUAGGAAUGAUUCUGUCUGAUACGGUGCUGUGAAAAACUAUUUGCCUCCUUAUGGAUUUCUUCUGUUUUUUGUCAGAUCAUGAAACAGAUUUUAAUAUCUGCCAAAGAUAACAUCAUGCAGUUUUCAAAUAUGGGGGGGAAACUGUCAAAACAACCUGGCUAAUUAAAUGAGACUCGACUUUCCUCCAAAAAGAUCCUGAAAGUCACAAAUUAUUUGCUAGUAGAGAAAUGUUCUCAAACAGGGUCAGUUUUGUUUUGUCUUUUCUAAUAAGUCAUCACUGUGUGAAGAUAAAAAUAAGCUAUGAUCUUUUUUUGGUUGUUUUUUUUUACUUGGGUUAUCCUUGAUGUUAACAUUUGGAGAGGUGUGCCCAAUCAAACUUUCUUUGGUUCUCUUGCAGCUAUUUGUGUUUUCUCAGUUCAGAUCUGUUCUUCAGAUCUCUAAAUCCUCCUGAUGUAGAUAAACUUUAGGUAAAUCUGCUCAUUUUAUUUUGUUUGAUAUAAAGGGGAAUUGACUGAUAUAAUGAUCACUGUUCACUUCAGUAUUUCAGAACAUGUAUUCAGGUAAAGCAUCAGUAAUUUAAAACAUAAUACGUCUUAUUAUCAGAAUAAGAAUAAUUGUUUCCAACCUUGAAAGAAAUUAUAUUU